AUGCAGAUUCCAAAGAGGAAAGCGAACGAAGAGAACAUCUAUGGAAGGUACUUUAGAAACUACUUAAAGGAAACCACCGUGCAUGGGUUUCGCUAUGUCGUGGAGGGCCUCUCAGUGUAUGAAAGGUUCUCCUGGACAUGCGUCAUUUUGGCGGCCAUUUCGUAUGCGGUCUAUUCUGUGGUAAACUCUGUCCAUGAGUACGAGGUGAACCCGGUGAGUACCACUUAUGCUUCGGCCCCACUUUCCUCGGCCCCUUUCCCCAAAAUAACGGUGGAUGGAGGAAGUGUGUGGGAUCCCAUGGGGUUUACCCGACAGGCCUUGCUCAGAGCCAAAUCCGACGAAAACGAUAAUCUGAACCAAAAGUUUUUUUUCAUCUCCGAGCAAGUAUGUCAAAGAUUUUAUGGACCCUUGGCUGCGUAUUUAGAAAGUCGCUUGACAAUGGUCAAAUAUCGUCAGUUACUGAGAGGCGCCACUCUAAACACUGAUCUACUAGUGGAUGAUCAAUACGCUCAUGUAUUCGAAGAUAUAUUUCCGAUAAUGAAGGAGAGAUCGGAUGUUCAUCAACUUGUAGUCCACAUGGCAGCCUUGGAGCUUGACUAUCCGCAAACCAUCGACGAGGUUUACGCAAAAUUCUUGGAGUUGCCAGUGUGCUUGACCUUCAUCAACAUGGGUCAAUACUUUGGCAGCCCUUCAAGACAAUUCCGUUUUACGUCUAGUGCCCUUUUCAACCUCAAAUCCAAUGGCCCUCCAAUCACCGAGAAAAGCUUUGCGGAAUGUUCUCAAGCCAAUACCACCCGAUGCGAAAAGCAGUUACUAAAAGCGACCUCCAAACUCAUCUUACUCAAAUAUUUGGAUCAAGACUCUCGAGCAGUUUGGCCCUUGGGAGAAUUCCUGUCCAGAUUUUGGAUAGGGCUUUUUCGGCGUCCUUUCUUAUCUCGUGUUCCCAAAAUACGGUUGAAAGAACUCCUUGACCUUCAACGGGGUUCCCCAGACACCCGAAGCUACGAGAAGGAAUCGCGCACUACCCCGCUUGAAUCCUUUGAAUGCGUGGACGACAAAGUCAUGGCCAAAACUUUAACCGAACUGGACGAAUCAGAGCUGAUCAUGAACAGCUACCUCAUAAACGUGACAAAAUCAUUGAGUGACAUGGAACUGGACCUGUCUUACUAUGAGUUGAGCCUGUUGCUAGAUUUCCCGAAGUACAGUUAUUGUCCCUUGCUUCAUCAAGCUAACUUUAUUCAGGCUCAACAUAGGUGCUCUUUUCGCGAAUACGAAGGACAAAGUAGAAGAUGCGGAACGGAACAACAAACUCAGGCCAUUUCAGGAUGUUGCAAGAUCAGAAAACAAAUAUCUCAGAUGCACGAACUGGUUCUCAAAGUCAUGAAAUACAACCAACAAGCCCCAAAGAUGUUGGGUAGCUUUGAUGAAAGCCUUCGAGAUUUUGAAAAUGCUUCAACCCAUUUUGGGAUGAAUAUCGACACGUUGGAUAGAUUUUCUAUAAUCCACAAAAACCCUCGAAUUUUUGCUUGUGAUUGGUUAAGCCGUGAUCGGAGUUUUCCUGACCCAGUAAAGUGCGACCUUUUCCACCGGGAUUUUACCAAUGCUGGCCUGGGUUUUUCCUUUAACAAUGCCUACUUUGAGGAUAUCUACAAGAUGUCACCUUUCAUGGAAACAUUUCGAAACGUCAUGCUUCCCAAUUCUCGCCAAAAUGGGGAUGAAAUUCGAAGGCUCCAAGUUUCUGGACCGAGAAAUGUGCUACGCGUUGUCCUUCAAAAUUAUGACUAUUUGGAUGAAGUGCAAGACAUCCAUAUCAACUUAGACUUGGGCCAGACCAAUCGCUUUCUGGAAAUGAAACACGAGUUCAAGAUUGCCAUCAACAAUCCGGACUCCUUGCCAGAUCUUCGCGGUAACUUCAUUGAGAUCAAGUCUGGCUUUCAGUACAAAAUCCUCAUCACUCCCGUACAAUACGCAUCGGAUCCGUCAGUUGAGGCAUUAUCAUAUGAGGAUAGAAAUUGCCGCAUGGCCCAUGAAAUUGAGGAUUUCAAAGUUUUUGACAAGUAUUCUCAAUCCGGAUGCAUCUUGGAAUGCCAACUGAAACGGGCCCUAAAGAUAUGCCGUUGCAUCCCCUGGAACUUCCCUCACUUUUAUCAAGACAAUGGUGAACUCACCGAUAUCUGCGAUUACGAUGGUAACGCAUGCGUGGAUCAAUUGAUGGACGAUUAUAACCAAACGGAAUCAAUCACGGAUUGCCAAUGCUACCCGGAAUGUGAUUCUUUUGUCUACUCUUAUUCCCUUUCGGUCAACGUGCUGGAUGACCUUUGCCAGAACUCGAGCAUCAAGAGUUAUUUAUCAUCCGGAUAUUACAACAACCGUGAGGAGUUUAUUGGAGCGAGAGUGGAUGCCUUGUUGUGGGGGCGCCGAAUCGAUUCCGUGUCUGACGAGUCAAAUAUCAAAUUCUGUCAAGAGGAGAUGCUGAAAAUCGCGCAGAUUGAAUUUCAAUUCAUCGGCCAAGACUUCACAAUUAUCUCGAGGAAUGUUAGAACCACAUUCAUCUCGGCUUUGGCCAACUUGGGUGGAUUGGUGGGUCUUUUUACCGGAAUGAGCUUUUUAAGUCUAUUUGAGAUGAUAUUUUGGCUGUUUCGGAUGGUCGAAGAAAUCAUAAUAUCCUUCAGUUUGAAACCAAACAAAACAAUGCUAGCCAAGCGCGUGGUUCAGAUGAAAUGAACCUAAUGAUGGUGGCAUAUAUUUGAGCCCUCAGAUUGGUCUAUAACCAUUAUUUUGCACACUCCUUCACUAUUGCCAUCAUUCAAGCUUUGAAACAUUAAUCUUGCAACAUGGUUUUCAGCUUGUUUCGUUUCCAUUCUACUUGUUGGGGGACAAAGGAAACCAUUCACUCUACCCAGAUUUUGGGUGAACACCAGGUUGUAAAUGCAAUGUUUGAAUAAUUGCCAACCAAUCACUAUAUUGAAAGAACACUUUACCUAUGUAUUUGCCAUUUCCCGUCUACUUACAUGUACAAUAGAGGCCGAUUGUACAUGUCAUGUCCGAGUUAAUUUUCCAUCACAUUACGAGAACGUAAGGAGCACCAGCCGAAUUUGUCGAUGACAGUUGCUCGGUGGGGCUACAUACGCGUACGUACAGUAUAUGUAUAAUGAUGUGUUUCGUUUCAUUGAGGUGCAUCUACCAUAUGAUUUCUGAACAGAACUAAUCUUUUCUCAAGUCACAGUUUGAUUUCAAAUAAGCUUUUUGCACAGUCAUUCAAAGAAACAAUUAGUCGUAGUGACAGUCUAACCUGAGACAAAGAAUCUCCAUUUUCGAACGAAAAAAAGAACAGAGCUCAGCAAACCGUGCAACGCACUCACUGCCUGUACGUAGUAGAUAUUACGCACAGUACACACGCACGAGGAGUGCUCCUGAGUCCGUCUCAAGCUAUGUAAACCUAAAGCCAAAGGGAAAUGAAGCCGCCAUCCACAAGAUUGCUGCAUUCAAGUCCCAUGUGUUAUCGUUCAAGUUGGUGACCGUCUUCGGAAGGAAGUCUCACCGCCUGGUUGUUCUAUCUAUUGUCCAACUUGAUCCUGACUCACACUUGCUGCCAUUGCUAUUCGAGUCCGUCCAAUGACGAAAAAGACAGACACACUUGAUGGAUUCCCAGUAAAUGUGGCACAAUUGUCGUGGACUUGGCGCACUGAGUCGAGUGACACGUGACGGUUGGCAUAAUGACCAAAGUCGAAUCUGAAAGCCGGCCAAAAAAAGAAGGAGUGAAAGAACUGCAUCGGGGCCUUGAUGCUUGGCAAUCUACUGAAACCAAUCCGAGCAAUCCAAGACACUUGCAGCAUAGCGGACACGGCUAGUGUUGUUUCUUCUCACGUGGCGCUGCUUGAUUUGAAUUGUUUCCAUUGGAGGACGUGAGGGUAAAAAAAAGCGUUGGGAGUUGGGACUAGUCAAUCCCGCUGAAAUGUAAUUAAAAGCACAAUUCAGCCACUGGAAAUGACUUCUUUGAGAUCAAAGGCGAAAGAACCAUAGACGGACAGAAGAGCCUCUCUUUCUCUUUCUCUGCUAUUGGAAUCAUCAAAUAAAACAAAAUGGGUGUGUUUCCCCUCUCGUCUUGAAUUGAGUCAGACAAGUCAAGGACAAACCAUCCAUGUUCAACACUGACGGCUUUGGCUUUGGCAUUGGGAUUGAUUAAUUUUCCCUCUUGACGAACCACGCGAGAAUCAACAAGUUUAACGCUUGCAAGAAUGGCUGUUAUCAUCCAUUUGUACUUUACUUGAGUUCGAAGGGAACUGUUAGUUUUGUGAGCAACUACGACUAGAUAAUUUUGCGUAUAUGUAUGUACAUCCUAUUGAAAUCGCUAAUAACAGUAGUUUGUAAUCAUUUGACACCGACCCUGUGGUCAGUCAUACUAUCCGUGGCCACAAGCACCUCUUUAUUCAGACUGAAAAGUACAGAGUGUGUUCUUUGUAAUCUUUGUUAGCUCUUGGACUUGGAAAGCUGUCAGUUAUUUUGUGUUAAUAAAACUUGGGGACCUUUCUUAGCUUCUGAUAU